AUGGAUUUGGGAAGUGUGGCAGGGGAUGAGAAGGUGCAGCAGCAGGAGAGGAAGGAGAGGCUGGAUGAGCUUGGAGACCUGCAGGAGAGGAUGAGGAGGUUGGCUGGCUCCAGGAUGGAUUUGUCAACCAGGAUGGGCUUCGGUGAAGAGGAAAAACUGAAGAUUUCCAAAGAUCUCCUGGAUCUCCAGAUCGAGACGAACAAGAUGAAGGAGCAGCACGAGACAGAGAACUUUGAACUGAAAAAUAGGCUCCUGGCCCUGGAGACCCGUGUGCAGGAGCUGGAGCUGUGCAGGGAGCAGGUCACCGGGGAGCGGGAUUCCCUGCGGGAACGUCUGGGCGCCCUGGAGAGCAGCUGGAAGGAGCUGGCAGCUGAGUACAUCAUCCUGAAGAGCAAUUACCUGGCCCUGGGCAAAGAACUGGACCAGGAGGUCACGAGGAAUGAGGAGCUCAGCAUGGAGCUGCUCAGCCUGGCCAAUGCCAGGAGCACCAUUCCUGGCACAGAGAGCAACCCCUUCCCUGCCAUGGCCAAGGAAUCCACUGCUGAGCUGGAAAGGGAGAGCCAGCCCUGGGCUCCAGGGGUGAAGGCCUCUGCCUCAUUUUCCUCUUCGUUUGUCCCUCUGUUGCUUGGAAACCAGGAUCACAUAGAAGCAGAGAUUGAAAAACUGAAGCAAACCUAUGAUUUGCAGCAGCAGAAGCUGGAAGAGAGACUGACAGCGAUGGGGAAGGAGCUGCAGGAGGCCAAGGGAGCCAUGGGGGAUGCUCAGCAGAAGCUGGUGGAACAAUCAGUGGUGCUGCUGAGCUCCCAGAGCCAGCUCCAGGAGGUGGAGGCAGAGAACUCCAGGCUGCAGCUCCAGCUGAAGGAGCUGAACCAGGAAUAUCGUUCCCGGCUGGCGCAGCACAUCAAGGACCUGGCGGACUACAUGGACAGCAAACCCAGCCAUGCAGCAGGGCCCAGCAAGCCCCCAGCUGAUCCUGCUCCCAUGAAACGUUUUGUGGACACCAUGCUGGAGGAUGUCAGGGCUUCCUACAGGUCUCGGGAGGAGCAGCUGGCUGGGGCAGCACGUGGCUACAAGAAACGCAUGAAGAACUUGGUGAAGAAGCAUGAGAACCUGCUGAUUGCUUAUGGGCUCCAGAGAGAGCAGAUCAAGUCCUUGGGUGGCAGCUGCAUGGACUGUGGCCCUGCUGAGCUCCACUUCUCCAUCACAGACCCAGAGCUGCUGACAAACACAGCCCGGGAGCUGAACCGGCUGCGGGAGGACAAGGCCAAACUGGAGAUGCAGCUGCAUGAGCUGGAGAAGGAGGUCAGGAAGCAGCUCCAGGAGUUCACACGCAGCACCCAGGAGGACUUGGAGCAGCAGAGGAGCCAGCUGCUGACACGGGCUGUGGUGGCAGAAGAGCAGGUGUCAGAGCUGCAGGAAUACAUCGACAAGCACCUGGCCAGGUACAGGCAGGAGCUGCUCCAGCUGCAGAAGGUGCCACCUCCCAGGAGGUAA